CACGGACAGUCACAACUAAGAGUGUGUACAGUACAUGAGCCAGCCCUCUCUCUCCCACCCUCAACUAUACCAUUAACGCCUGCCAUGCCUCUCACCUGCAAACGUUCAUUAGUGAUCAACAAGUGGCUAAUCUUACUUGGAAAAAUAUUAGAGGUGCUGGUAUGAGCCAUGCAUCUAAUGCAGUGAUACAAAAAAUCUGUGGUUUACGUUUGUGUGACUACAUAAAACGAAUAUGAUGGAUUUUACCGUUUUUUUCAAUAUCAGUGAUUCACUGAAGAAAAUGUAGUAAAAUUAUUAUUUAAUAAUAUGUCUUAGUAAUUACGAAGGACUGAGGACAUGGGCGAGACAAGUUUUCAGUUAAGUGAACAAUAUCAACGAGUUGUAUCGUGUGUGUUAUGUACUGUAAUAGUGUACUUAGCAACUGGUGCAUACAAGUCUUCCCUAUCAUCAGUCGUUGUCGUUUUCUGUGAAUGUUGGUUCUUCGUGGUUUUCUGUGAAGCUCAGGGUAGACUGGUGGAUCCUCCCUCCCGGGCUUCCAUGUGGAGGUUUGGCUUCAAAAACCCAGUAGAAUUCGGCGAUGAUCGCGUAGACUGUGGAGGGUUCAAGAAACACUGGAGAAAGAACCUGGGUCAGUGUGGGGUGUGUGGAGACCCCUGGGACCUGCCUCGCCCACGACCACACGAGACCCGUGGCAGGUACGCCCGAGGUACCAUCGUCAGGACCUACUCACAGGGACAGGAGGUGGAGUUUGUGUCUGAGCUGACGAGGGAAGGUAGCGGAUGGAUGGAGUACCGUGUGUGUCCCCGGGACUCUGUCUGGGUGGUCGAGGAGCCGGCCUGUUUCACACACACCCUCCAGGACGACAGUGGCAACGCUCAGUUCCCCGUCAACGUGACCAAGAAAUUAGGUCGUGUCACACACACAAUCACCUUGCCUGCAGAUCUUUCAUGUCAAGCUUGUGUCAUCCAGUGGAGGUACGUGAAGCUGGGAAGACCAGAGAGAGCUGACUACCGUGCUUGUGCUGACGUUACUAUCACGCCCUCCCUGCUGUCCACAGUCUGCCCCUCCCUACCGCCCACGCCCUUCCUGCCACCCACAACUUCUCUGACAUCCACAAACUCCUUACCACCCACAACCUCUCCGUCAUCUACAGCCUCACUGCCGCCCACAACCUCCCUGCCACCUACAUCCUCCCUGCCACCUACAUCCUCCCUGCCACCAACAACAUCCCUGCCACCCACUACCUCCCCGCCACCCACAACCUCCCUGCCACUCACAACGUCCCUGCCACUCACAACCUCCCUGCCACCCACAACCUCCCUGCCACCCACAACCUCCCCGCCACCCACAACCUCCCUGCCACUCACAACGUCCCUGCCGCCCACAACCUCCCUGCCACUCCCAACUUCCCAGCCACCCACAACCUUCCUGCCUCUCACAACUUCCCCACCACCUACAACCUCCCUGCCACCCACAACCUCUCCGCCACCCUCAACUUCCCCACCACCCACAACCUCCCUGCCACCAACAACUUCCCUGCCACCCACAGCCUCCCUGCCACCCACAACCUCCCCGCCACCCACAACCUCCUCGCCACCCACAACCUCCCUGCCACCCACAACCUCCCUGCCACUCACAACCUCCCCACCACCCACAACCUCCCUGCCACUCACAACCUCCCCACCACCCCACAACCUCCUCACCACCCACAACCUCCCCGCCACCCACAACCUCUCUGCCACCAACAGCUUCCCUGCCACCCACAAUCUCCCUGCCACCCACAACCUCCCUGCAACCCGCAACCUCCCCGCCACCCACAACCUCCCCGCCACCCACAACCUUCCUGCCUCUCACAGCUUCCCCACCACCCACAACCUCCCUGCCUCCCACAACCUCCCCGCCACCCACAACCUUCCUGCCUCGCACAACUUCCCCACCACCCACAACCUCCUUGCCACUCACAACCUCCCCGCCACCCACAACCUCCCUGCCUCCCACAACCUCCCCGCCACCCACAACCUCCCUGCCACCCACAACCUCACUACCACCCACAACUUCCCGCCACCUACAACCUCUCUGCCACCCACAACCUCCCUGCCACCCACAACCUCCCCGUCACUCACAACCUCCUUGCCACCCCAAACUUCCCCACCACUCACAUCCUCCCUGCCACCCACAACCUCCCACCCACCCAUUACCUCUCUGCCUACUGUACCUUCCCUGUUUCUCAUAACAUUUCCGCCCACAACUUACCUGCCACCUACAACCUUCCUUCCACUCCCAGCCUCAUUGCCACCCACAACUUCCUUGUCACCCACAACCUUCCUUUCACCCACAACCUACCUGCCACCCGUCACCAUUCUUGACACACCUGGUGAUGAGCCACAUGUUGAAGACUAUAUCACCACCACCGACCCUGCACCCACCACCUUACCUCACACUCAACCAGGAGCUCACACUGUAGCAGGCUCUAACACCAUACCUUACCCUGUUAAUACCUCGUCUGCAACUUCAAACAAUACGUCCAUCUCCUCCAGCACUUCGAUAGUCAUUACUGUCACAAGUCUAGAGGCCACUGCCACCCCUGCUGGUCGCCAUCACUUACUUCCCGGUGGAGAGGAUGAAGGAGGUGGCAGUAACUCCUGCAGCAGUAAUGUUGGGCUGGUGAUGAUAGCCUCACUGCUUCUUAGUGCUCUUCAUCCUUAAUGUUACUGAGAAAUUAGUAAGAUCUCCAGUUUACAUUGUCGUGACUUCUAA